GACGACGGGAAAUUUCAUCUUCCUCCUCUUAACUCUUAAGACGACGGUACGGUAUAUUGCCGGGGAGCUGCCGAAGGAGUGGCCGUAGAUUCAUGGCGAAGACCAGGCAUCAAAAGUCGAAACCUAGCAACAACAAGCAAACCAAAAUCAAAAAACAUGGAAAGCCGGUCGAUAUAUCUGAAUUUCGUGCUCAGCUCGACGCCUUGGGCUUAAAAAUUGUUCAAGUGACAUCAGAUGGUAAUUGUUUCUUCAGAGCUGUAGCUGAUCAGUUGGAAGGCGAUGAGGAUGAGCAUGCGAAAUAUCGGAGUAUGGUUGUGCAAUACAUCAGGAGGAAUCGUGAGACGUUUGAGCCCUUUAUUGAAGACGACGUUCCGUUUGUUGAGUAUUGUGAAUCCAUGGAAAAGGAUGGGACUUGGGCAGGCCACAUGGAACUACAAGCUGCUUCUCUUGUUACUCACAGUAACAUAUGCAUUCACCGACACAUGUCGCCUCGAUGGUACAUACAAAAUUUUGACAACCAUGAAGCUCAGAUGAUCCAUCUUUCUUAUCAUGAUGGAGAGCAUUAUAAUAGUGUUAGAUUGAAAGAAGACACCUGCAAUGGACCAGCGAGGCCUAUAAACAUUAAGGUUUCUUUAAGAAUAAUCCGUUGUUACUUUUGGCUUAUGGAAUGAGAUGAUUAUUUUUAUUUAAGUUCUGGGUAUCUACGGAAGUCUAACAAUUUUUUAGUCAUAUAAAGGCCGAUGCUGAUAUUUCAGCAAAAUACCCCAGUCAAACUGUAAAGGUUUCCACCAAAGCUGUCGGGAAUGUGGUGCAGUCACGGUCUGUUAAAAUGGUUAUGUCCGGAAGUGGGUGUGAAGACGCGGUUAAAGUGGAACAGGUAGUUCAUACGGAUCACACUUCUGCUGUAACGAUCCU